AUGCAAUUGUCCUCUAUAUGUCACGGCCCCCCCCCCGCUUGGUCUGAUAUUUGUUCAUGGAUUGUUGCUUUUUAUUGGGUUGUGAAUUCGUUCAUUUAUGGCUUCGCCAAUCUCAACUCUAAUGGGCACUGUUACAUUGGCUCCAUUUUUAUUCUCUUUAAAGAACGAAGCCAGUCCGGUUAUCUCCAGUCACCCUUGGACGACGAUCCAUUCGCUUUGAAUUGGUUGACUUCUGGACCGACUGGCUCAUUGGGACGCAAGUGGAAGCCUCAGGUGUACACUGGUCUUUCAGGAGUCCCAGAAGACGGCGAAAAUUUUUCUGAGGGAGCUUCGUCAAACGACGCAUCAUCAACCGCCUCCACAGUUCCAAAACGCGGCGGUAACGUUGCACAGGUAGCUAUUGCUAGUUCAUUCGCACUUGCUGCUUUUGUCGUAUUCUGA